AUGGGCAUCCUCGGUGUGAACGAAGCGGCGCUGAAGCUGGCCAAGGCGCACAAGCCUGACCACUUUGACCUCGAGAAGAUCGUGCGUCCGAACAUUCUGUCGCUGCAGCCGUACCACACGGUGCGCGAUGACUACCAAGUGAAUAUGUUGCUCGACGCGAACGAGAAUUCCUACGGGCCGAUGCUUGGUGCGCAGGAUGCAACAGAUGCCGCACAAGGCAUGGAGCUGCACCGUUAUCCCGAGCCCGGGCUGUGUGGUACGCGCAAUGGCCUCACGCGCUUGCGUGGCAUGCCGGAUCCGGCGUAUACGUUCCUCGGCGUCGGCUCCGACGAGGUGAUUGAUGUCCUGCUGCGGUGCUUUGUGCGCCCGGGGCUCGACAAGGUGCUUAUCUGCCCCCCCACCUACCCCAUGUACAAGGUGAGCGCGGCGGUGAACGAUAUCGGCGUCGUCAGCGUGCCGCUCAUCCUUGACGGCGACACGUUCGAGGUGGAUGUGCCGGCGGUGCUCGAUGCGCUCAAAAAGGACCCUGCGAUCAAGGUCGUGUUCCUGUGCUCGCCCGGCAACCCCACCGGCUCGCUCCUUUCGCGCGAGACGGUGCAUGCAGUGCUCGACGCGCCCUUCUACAACGGCCUCGUCGUCGUGGACGAGGCGUACAUCGACUUUCCGCUCGAGGAGCAGGCGAUGGGCCUCAAGCACGCCGGCAAGCAGGUGUCGACCGUGGACCUUGUGCACGAGUACGCCAACAUUGUCGUGUCGCAGACGCUUAGCAAGUCGUUUGGCCUCGCGGGCGUGCGUAUGGGUGUUGCGUUUGCGCAGCCGCCCAUCGUCCAGGUGAUGAACAACACCAAAGCGCCGUACAACAUCUCGGCGCCCUCCGCGUACUUUUCGGGCCAGGCGCUCACCGAUCAGGGCAUCGAAAAGAUGCGUGCGUGUGUGCGCACGCUUAUCGAGAACCGCUCCAAGCUCAUCGACGCGCUCAAAGAGGUCGAGGGGCUCGGCCGCAUUAUCGGCGCGAACGACGCCAACUUUGUCAUGGUGCAGGUGCUCAAGGACGGCAAGCCAGACAGCCCGCGUGCAAGCAAGCUCUACCACAUUAUGGCGCAGGAGCACGGGCUGAUGGUGCGCAACCGCAGCGCAGAGAUUGGCUGCGAGGGAUGCCUGCGUAUUUCGGUCGGCACACCCGAGGAGAACACGCGCUGCGUGAGCCUGCUCAAGGAGCUGCUCGCCAAGGCCUAA